UGCACGGGGCAGCUAGUGCUCUGAGUUGUCGAGUAGCGCUAUCGCCUAUCCAGCUCUAGCAAUUUGGCGCGACUACAUCUCCUUGCGCUUGCCCUUCAAGCCACGGCUUUUCCUCUCUUCCUUCUCUGAAAUUUUUGGAUCGAGUCAAUUCCUCCUUUGCGGUUUUUCGCACCUUCCGAGGGUUUCCCCUCUCUUCUGGAGAAAAGAAAACUUUUUUCCCUCACUCUUAUUUUUGCCCCAGUCCCCCUUGUCUCUUCCACAAAGUCAUUGUCUCUUUCCCGCUCCAGAACAUCUAGACGUGUCGCAACCCAUUCUUUCAAAGAGAGAAAAGAGAAAAACUUAGAGCUAGCGUUAUCGGACCUUCUUAUCUACGGAGUACCUUUGUGGCGGCAGCGGAAAAAAAACUCUCGUUCGUCACGACAUCCCUGGACUGGUUUCCGACGGCGUCAUAAUCCAUCCACCCCACUUCUUUGCCGUCAGCUAUCUGGGUCCCCAAGCCAGGUACGCCGGUCUGCACCUACCUGUGCCCCUCCACGAAACAUCACCAAACAAACACCUUUCAUAUAUCCCGGGAUCAGUAUAAAACCGCUCAAACAUUUUAAUUGCCAAUUGCAGAGGAGAGAGUCAUACCGUUCGAAAAGGGCAUCUUUACGCCUAAAUCAGAAGAAUUUAUUCUUGGUGUCUUGUGCAAGCAGCAUGUCUAGUGACUAUCUUACGGCGAGUGAGGCAGGUUCACAUCAACGAGGAUACAGCGAAGUCUCUGGAGGAAGUGCAGAUUCGAGUGCGAGUCAAAGUCGUCCCAGCAGCCCAUCAGGUAUCCCACAACGGAAGAAUACAGGCCGAGGGAGAGUUCGAUUCAAUGCCACUAGCGAAGCAAACGAUUUGGCAAAUCAGCGCUCAAGUGUCCCGUUGCGUGACCGAUCACAAUCACCAGAAGAGGCCAUUACUCCAACAAAACCUUCCAAAGCGAGUGCAGUUCAUCCACGGAACGGCAGCGCUGUCGGCAUCGUAAGACAUUCCCCACAGAAGGAAAGGAACAACUCAAUCGAUAACAACGGUUCCACCCCCGUUUUGAAGCCCAGGCCGAGUGUACUCAGGAACUCGAGCUAUACCGCGGAUCCGGACGAUGUCGACGAGGUGAAAGAAAAGGCAUUCUCUGCUUUGGCUGCGCAGGAGCGCGCGCAGAGAAUUGCUUCCUUGGUUGGGAGCAACUCUGCCCCAACGUCGAGAAGAGGCAGCCUUGACGACGACGAUGAUGACGAAGACCAUGAUUUGCCUGUUCGACAUAAUAGAUACCCUGUUCGAAUUGACGACAUCCCUUUAAUGAACAUGAAGCCCAUCAAUACAUAUGAUGGACAAGCUAUCGAGGAGGAUGAUCCCGUGCCAGAAACGUCAGCCCAUAUUUCGAGCAGUUCUGAAGCUCACAAGCUCGUCAGAGCCCAUACGACAAAGAUGCGAGGCGAGCUUCUCAAGGAACAACUCCCAGUUUUGCCCUCGGGAAAUGUCACACCAAACGAUGAGCAGUUCUUGAGUGAGAACUAUGUUCCAAGACCGGAAGAAUAUCGUGGAGGAGUUCUUUCGUCACUUUUGAAGCUCUACAACCCAGCCCAAGGCCGCCAGACUCCAUCUCGUCGUAAUAGCAUGGACACGGAUACUGGCACCGGCACGAACACUCCCAUGGGAUCCUCGGGAAUGAACACACCCAGUAAAAAGUCUGCGAAAUGGUAUAAAGCAAAAAACCAAUCACAAGAUACAUUGGCAGGACUUAUUGAAGCUUCGGCGAUUCUUGGAGCUCAGGGCGGUGGCGCAAUUCCAGAUACGAAAAGGGGAAAGCCAAAAAGGCCUGGAAUGGGUGCACGCAAGACCAGUGAGAAGAUUAUGGAGAAGUUCAAGCCCAGACUUGAGGACGAGAUCAGAGUUACAAUUCACAUCGCCGAGAUUCUUUGCCGGCAAAAGUAUCUUGUACAGCUAUGCAAAGCACUCAUGAUCUACGGGGCUCCAACUCAUCGCCUUGAGGAGUACAUCAAAAUGAGCGCGCGAGUUCUCGAGAUUUCUUUACAGUCACUCUACAUUCCCGGCUGCAUGAUUCUCUCCUUUGAUGAUCCUGCUACACAUACAACCGAUGUCAAGCUUGUCAAGGCUGCGCAUGCUGUAGAUCUUGGAAAGCUCAAGGAGACGCACGAAAUAUACAAAGAGGUCGUCCACGAUGUCAUUGGCGUCGAAGAAGCAACCCAGCGACUGGAAGAAAUCAUGCGAUCGAAGAGAAAGCACAACGCCUGGUUGCUGGUUUUCAUAUAUGGAAUCGCAAGUGCUACCGUGGGUCCUUUUGGUAAAUUCUAACCCUAUACCUCACACCCAAAAACUUUAUUAAUUUUUAUUGCAGCUUUCCAAUCUCGAUGGAUUGAUCUUCCAAUCGCGUUCCUCCUCGGGUCUCUACUUGGAUUCCUUCAACUUAUUGUGGCACCCACUUCUGACCUUUAUUCUAACGUUUUCGAAAUCACCGCUGCCGUCGUCACAUCUUUUCUAUCACGAGCCUUUGGCUCCAUAAGAGGUGGCAACUUAUUCUGUUUUUCUGCUCUAGCCCAAUCGUCUAUCGCUCUUAUACUUCCCGGCUAUAUGGUACUUUGUGGUUCACUAGAACUUCAAUCAAAGUCUAUGGUAGCCGGGGCUGUCAGAAUGGUAUACGCGAUUAUAUACUCUUUAUUCUUGGGGUUUGGUAUUACAAUUGGCUCGGCCUUCUACGGAAUAAUUGAUCCAAAUGCCUCCUCAGCAACGACUUGUUCCAACCAAAUGAACGACUAUGUGAAGUGGGCUUUUGUACCACUCUUCACACUUUCGCUAUGCGUAAUCAACCAAGCCAAGUGGAAACAAACGCCGGCAAUGUUAUUCAUAUCCUUUGCAGGAUACAUCGUCAACUUCUACUCAGCCAAGAAGUUUCCUUCCUCGGCCCAAAUAUCCAAUACGUUCGGUGCUCUCGCCGUUGGCGUCCUGGGAAACCUCUACUCCCGAGUCCGCCAUGGUGUCGCAGCCGCUGCGAUUCUCCCCGCCAUCUUCGUGCAGGUACCGUCAGGCCUCGCGGCCGCAGGAUCUUUGUUAGCAGGUAUCAGCAGUGCAGAUCAGAUCACCAACACGACAUCUUACAGGAAUGGAACAGCGAAAUUUAAUGGGACGACGCAUGGGAAUGUUCUCGGUCAGAUCAGCAUUACGCAAUCGGGCGGGGACAAUCUGAAUAACAUUGUGUAUAAUGUUGGGUAUAGCAUGAUUCAGGUUGCGAUCGGGAUCACGGUUGGAUUGUUUUUGAGUGCGUUGAUCGUUUAUCCUUUUGGGAAGAAGAGGAGUGGAUUAUUUAGUUUUUGAGGCGUUUCUUCUUUUUUGGGAUGGGUGGCGUUUCGGUUUCUUCUCCCCUCCCACUGGUUUUUAUUUGGAUUUCAAUUAUGGGAAGAGGCAUACUGGUGAAUUGGUGUUCUUCCUGGUAUAAGUAACAUAUUGGUAUAGAAGGGGCGGUAUUUUGGAUUGAGGAGGAGUAUAGAGGGAGUAUAGAUGGGGCCGUAUACAUAGAUGGGUUUGCAUUAGACGGAUGGGGGUUCUUGUGUUUCUGCUUUCUUUCCUUCUGCAUUGUAUUACAUGGGCCGAGACAACUACAGGUGGCAGGGGCAUCUUUUUGUUGUAAUUUCUAUUUUCGGGGGGAAAAAGACGGCGUUGGUUAUUCUUUCUUGUUUAUUCUUAUUUUUAUAUACUUUCCUUUUUUUGGUUGGAUAGAAUCAGAUACAAGACUCCAUCUUUAUUGGACAAAUGGUGGAAUGAAGAUGGAUGAAUGAGAAAAAAAACUUUGGGGAAUGACGGACUUGGCGUUGUUGUGGGCGUAGGUAAUGAAAUGAGUUAUGAGGGAUUGAUGGGAGUGAGCGAGCGGAGUGGAGGAUUUGGAGCGGUUUGGGUAGAAAUGAGGAGAGAAUGAGAGGAAAUGAAGAAAC